CAGGCGUCUUUAUUCAAAGCGCUUGUCUCUGCAGCUUCGGCGUCUAAUGCGCUUCCAAUUGAAGACAUGGGAUUCUACCGAACCUUAGACAAAGAAUUUUCGAAAGGCAUUGACCAUGUUGGAUCACGUCUUUUAUCUAUUUCAAACAACCUUCUUCAAAAAUGCUCGGACGAUACUGGAAUAAGUGCCAAGGAUUAUGAGGAUGUUGACGAUGUAGUCGAUAAUUUUAAUGGUGUUGUUGAUGUUGUUGAUGGUUUAUUGGAAAGAACUGAUUUGUGCUUGGAUGAAAUGGUUGGACGUGUUCACAAACCAGAAAGUUUCUUGCAGCAGACUGCUCCCGAAGUCACACAAGUCUCCCAAAAGUCGCAAAAUGGAAAACUUGAGUACAAGUUCCUGCACGCCAAGAACGUUGUUAGACCUCAGAUCAAAUUCAAAGAUCGUAUCAAUAACUCUUUGACUGCACCAAUUGAAAGAAAGAUUGUUUACAAACCCCACGCAAAGGUUCCUUUAGACAAUACCGAGACUUUGGAAAUGGACAGCGGAUCAAUCGUCUACUCGCUGCCCCAUCCUUAUGAGUAUGAGAUAAAGCACCUUGAAUACCCCGAACACAUGUUCAAGGAGAAAAAGCCUGAGAUGUACAAGCCUUUUGACAAAACUUCUGCAACAUGGGUUGACACAGAGGAAGGAUUGAGAAAGAUGAUGGACACAUUUGAGGAUGUAGAAGAACUGGCUGUGGAUUUAGAAUAUCACAACUACAGAAGUUACCUGGGUUUCACUUGUCUUAUGCAAAUCAGCACCCGUGAUGAAGAUUUUAUCAUUGACACCCUCGAACUCAGAGACAAGAUGUGGUUGUUGAAUGAGUACUUUGCCGAUCCCAAUAUCGUCAAGAUUCUCCAUGGUGCUGACAGUGAUAUUAUUUGGCUGCAACGCGAUUUUGGCCUUUAUAUCGUUAACCUUUUCGAUACAUAUUUUGUCACCAAAGUUUUGGAGUUUCCUCAUCACAGCCUUGCCUACUUACUGAAAAAGUACUGCGAUUUCGAUGCGGAUAAAAAAUACCAGCUGGCAGAUUGGAGAAUUCGUCCUGUUCCGGAAGAGAUGUUUGACUAUGCGCGCUCUGACACGCACUAUCUUCCUUACAUCUAUGAUUGCUUGCGUAACGAGCUGCUGGAAAAAUCUGGUGCCAACCAAAACCUACUUCGCCAAGUUCUCCAACGUUCGGCUGAACUAUCACUUCACAAAGACGAAAAGGAGAUUUACGAUGUUAAGAAUGGAUUGGGUCCUGGUGGGUGGAAGAAUGCUUUGGAUAAGUGGAAGUAUCGUAUGAACGACCAACAGUUGAGUGUAUUCAAACAGCUGCAUUAUUGGAGAGAUCACAUUGCGCGCGAGGAGGAUGAAUCUGUUCGUUAUGUGCUACCAAACCACAUGCUCUUUGCACUGGUGGAGAAAAUGCCUAUUGACUCAGCAGGUGUCAUUGGCUGCUGUAACCCUUGCCCUCUUUUGGUUCGCGUAAAUGCACAAGCAUUAGCGCUUUUGAUCCAGCGCGCAAAGGCGGAUGCACUCGUGGGAGCUUCUCAAACAGAAGAG